GCACUUCAUGCGGUCUAAGUGCUCAUACCCACUCUCCCCAUUUCUUCUUUCACCGACCUUCAUGUUCUGGAAUUCCGGUUACACCACCUGGCAACAACUUGAGGGAUGUAUAAAUGACAAGGUAUGUAAAUUAGCUAAAGAUAGGAAAAGACAAGAAUUGCAGAUUGUGCCUACUCGUAUCCUCCAUUCUAUUUUCUACAUGUGAUUUUCUUAACUGUCUUACAGUAAUUUUUGAGACUGCACAGUCUGCAUGCAUUGACACAGCAACCUUGAUUAGCUGCUCGGUUUAUGGUGUUCCACAAUGCCACUAAUUAUAAAGGAAAAUGUGGAGGCAGGCAUGACAGCUAGGACUCCUGGCAUGCCAAUUUGUUCAA